AUGUUGAGAAUGCCGCGGGGCAAGUCAUACCGCCGGUCUCAGGCUGCCAAGAGGAGGGUGGAGAGGCAGGAGACAAGGUGGUUUCCUGCUGCUCACCCUAGCAAGAAGUUUGUUCUUCUUGUGGGUGACUCCCACCUGCGCGCGUUAGUGGAUGGCUUCGUGGCGAUGCCAGAGGGACCGCUGGCCUUCGGGUUCAUGUCCACCCCCGGUGGCACUGCGGCGCAGCUCAGGACUGAGCUUGUGGCCGCCGUGCUCCCUCGUGACCCUGAUGCCGUGGUUCUACUCGCGCCGAGUAACAACCUGACGGCUUGCCAGGGUCUCGAAGACUCAGCAGCAGAUUUCGCCUCCCUGCUACGAUGCGCGCGUAGCCGUUGGGGCAACGUUGCUGUCUUGGACUUCCCACCUCGUCUCGGUCGAGCAGAGGAACAGAGGUCCCAGGAGUUGUUGAGGAUGGCCUACAACUCUGUGUGUGUGAAGCAGGGUGUGCAUUUCCACCACAUCGCGCAGCACUUCCCUCUCCACCACCUUGACUUGUGGGCCAGAGACAACACUCACCUGAGCGACAACGCGGGGAUGCCUAUCCUCGCGUACCUCCUUUGGCAGGCAGCCGUGAGGCAGCUUGCUGAGCCGGAGGCAGAGCCACCUGCGACGCCUGUGCCCAGCUCUCCGUACCUCCCCCGGUUUGCCACCCGGGUGGUUGUUGUGGGGGAGGAACGGCAGCCUCGCCCUGAAGCCAACCCGGACGGUUGGCUGACAAUUGUGAAAGGGCAGAAGCGCAGUCUGCCUGAGGCUGAGCUGGACCAGCAGGUGGCCCACAAGAUGGUGGAGCUGAAGGAGUGCUUCAUUCCACUCACUCCUGUGCGAUUCAGCCCGUCCAUCUUGGCUCUCGUGGAGAAGACCAGCCCCUCUGUUCUCCCUUCUCCUCAGGAAACGACUUCUGCUCCUGUGCAGAAGCGCAGGACGGUUCCUGCGCGGAGAAGGCUGCCAAGAGAACAGGUGCACACAGUCGUGUCACAUGGGGCGGUUUCUCGCGAUCCGAAACCUGUCACUCCAGUGCCAGUGGCACAGGAGGUGGAAUGUGUAGAUGUGGAGGUGUGUUUCUUGGCAUCACCUACCAGUGCAGUGCCCACGACUGCGAUGGAUGAGGAUGAGGCCACACAGGGUGUUGUGGACCUGACGUUGGAGCCAGGACCCAGGAGCGUGGUGGUGACAACUCGUGUGGGAGAUGAGCCACCACCAGGAUUGCCACAACUGAGCCCAACCCCAGGAGUGAAUGCAGUUGCGGACGGACCUGGAUUUCCACAACUGAGCCCAACUCCAGGAGUGGACGCAGUUGUUGACGGACCUGGACAGCGCACGGACAGUGCAAUCAAGUAUGUGGGAUCUCCUCGUUCGUUAGUAGAGAAAUGUGUUCAAGGUUCUUUUCAUCAGGGAAAUCCUGUGUUGCACAACCCCGGUGUUCAGUGCAUGGCUGUAGCGUUAGUCAGCUUUGCUAAACACAGUGUUCAUAGUGUCUUUCAGUGGGAGACGAAAGAUUUGGACACUGUUGUGUUUUUAGGGGAUGAUUUGUAUUCGUUUUUGUGUGGUAGUAACGCGGACGACGAUGUGCCUAGGUUGUUGUGCGUUCCCGAGUUGCCCCGUCAGUAUGUCGUUGAUGGGCAGAAUUUGGCUUUUGAUUAUGGUGAGUGGGUGACAGGGACAGUGGGCGUGGGUCAGGGAGAGCUCAGUGAUGCAGGUGUGGGUAUGUCAUUGAGGAAAGGGCUAGAGUACAUGCUUGGCAAAUACAGCACGUGUUUUCUGACGUUGGCGAGCAGUACUUGUGCUGUUAUUUGUGAGCAUGGUCGUUACGCGAUAGUUGAUUCACAUGCACGUAAUGCAUGUGGAAUGGUAGACGUAGGUGGGAAAAGUGUUGUUGUACAUUUGGCAUCACUUGAGGAUCUUUGCAGCUAUGUAGGGCACUUAUCUGUUUCACUUGGUGCUGAACACAGGCCUUUUGAGAUUGCUGCUGUUUCUGUGACUAUUCCUGUCACAGAUGACCACACAUCAGAGUGUUUGUCUGAUCACGUGGUGUGCGUUGAUAGCACAGAGUCCGCUUCAGGAGUAGACAGCAGUAGUUUUAAGCGUAAGAGAUCUGCUGUUUCUGUGACUAUUCCUGUCACAGAUGACGACAUUUCAGAGUGCUCGUCUGAUCAUGUGAUCUGUGUUGGUAGCACAGAGUCCGCUUCAGGGGUAGGUAGCAGGCGUUUUAAGCGCAAGAGAUCUGCUGUUUCUGUGACUAUUCCUGUCACAGAUGACCACAUUUCAGAGUGUUUGUCUGAUCACGUGGUGUGUGUUGAUGGCACGGAGUCCGCUUCAUGGGUAGAUGGCAGUACUUUUAAGCGGAACAGAUCCGAUGUAAACUUUACUUCAAAAAAGAGGAAAAGUUCUGACACCACAGGUGUCAAUGCAGAUGUAGAGUUUAUUUGUGAUGUUUCUUCAAAGGGGUUGCAGUUUGAUCCCAUUGAUCUAAAAGUCGCACAAGCGUUGUGCAAACAGUUAAAUGUUGACUUUGAGAAACAGAACAGAGAGAUGUGUUUAUCGGCUGGCACGUUGGGAACUCCUUGCUUGAGUGACACCAUUGUAGCCGAUGGUAAUUGUUCUUUCGCGCCGUGGCUCAAGCUGUGUCUGCAUCUACUUUUCGCGAUACCCGACGUGUGCGCCGCCGGACUGAUGGGCGGUCUUGCUGAACGUCUUCGUCGGGUGGGAUACCUGUCGUCCGCCGUGAACCCGAUAGUCUACACGCUGUUCAAUAAACGUACUGGCGGCGUUCUGCGGUUAUGUCGUGCCGGUACCACCCGAAGAGAAACUCUGCAGCUCUACGGUCAACACCAUCCCGCCGCUGGCUAUAGCUCCACCCACCUGCCCACGAGCUAG